AUGGUUGCCAAGGGGAAGCGUGUUCUGGAGGUCACGGUGCCGAGGAAGGACAAGACACUCACACUGCCCCCUCCCAGUGCACAUAUUAAUCCCCGACCGCGCUUUAAGACCCAGCUUCCGUGUGAUGUGGGUGGUGCGGACAAAGGGCCUCUGAUGCGGGGGGACCUCUGCCUUCCAACCCCCGCUGUCGGGCUGCGGUGCUGGCUGGGCCCCGUGGCUCUCAGGAUCCCCUGGGAGGAUCCUGAGGAGGGUCUCAUCCUUCUGAUAGCCUGCUCUUGA